AUGGGAAACAACCAGGUUAUACCACAGAAAGAGCACAAACUAUCUCCUAUCUCACUCUCUGUAGUUUUCGAAGACUUGGACGUUGAGAAGAUGUCUGCUGGUAUCGACAAUUUUGAAAACACGCGUCGGAGAAAGUGUAUUUCCAAAACUCCACAGCCGUCACUUCGUAAUUUGAGAACACACUUGGAUCAAAGUGAAGAGGUCUAUACCCAGAAAAUCUCAAUAUUCUCUUCUCAAACAAGGAAAUCGAAGUCAGUCCCAAAUACACCAAAGAAGCUGCGAAACGAGAGAAGUUGUUCACAACUGCAGUGUACAAAAACUCAAGAGGAAGAUGAUUUACAUUUCACAAACACUUUGUUUAUGAAUUGUUUGACCAAAUGGAUCAAUUUAUCUAACAAUGAAAUUAUCUUUACUUCCAAAAUGGAUUCAAUCGACUACAAAACUUUCAAUGCCAAAGUAAUGUUUAAGAGUAAUCUCCUCUUUGUCUUUGUCAACACCACAAAUGAGAUCUUCGGGUGUUAUUCAGCAGAACCUUUAUACACAUCAGAAGAAUAUCAUCAAACUGAUAAAAAGAAUGAUUUCUUCCUCUUCUGCUUUAACCCAGAGACUAAGAGUAAAAUCACUAAAAAGGUGAAUGCUUCAAAAUCAACCAUUUCUCUUGGUAAUUCUCAAAGUGCUUUCUUAUUCACGGCUUUUUCGGCAUUUUGGAUGAGUCCAGACUUGACUUUAAAUUUCCAUCAGAGUUUAAGAUACGUCUAUGACCUUCCUAAAUAUAAACAGAAUCCUUUCUCUAUUAAAUCACUCAACGAACCACAAAAAAUCAAAAAUUUCUUCGUCUUACAAUUCAACUAA